AGGAGUACAUCUUGGCGAUGAGAGGCUUUUCAUUUUGGCCCAGGAAGUGGCAUUUUGGGGGGUGGGGGAGAUGAGGUUCGCGAUUCCCAGCUCCGUCGUUGAAGGGUUUCCCAUGACUCAUGUGUUUUGACAACCCACUAAUCUCUGCAGCUGAAGAAUUGGGAUUUUCAUCGGGAUAAAGAGCCAUGCACGGACGCCUGAAAGUGAGGACGACUGAGGAGGAGGCUGCCCGGAAGAAGGUGGAGCAGCAGGAGAAGCUGAAGGCAUACAAGGAGGCUAUGGCGAGGAUUCAGGAGAAGAGGACAGCCAAUGAGCUGGACAAGGAAAUGCUAGAACUCACUAGGAAGCUGUUGAGCAGUAAUCCUGACAUUUACACGCUGUGGAAUAUCCGCAAGGAGUGUUUUCAAGUGAUGAGAGAAAGUCUUGGCGAGGAGGAAUUGAAGGACCUCCACAAAGGUGAUCUGCUCUUCACUGAGCAGUGUCUGCAGGUGAAUCCAAAAUCUUACGGUGCAUGGCAUCAUCGUGGCUGGAUUCUGGAGACUCGUCCGGAUCCCGAUUGGAAGCGCGAAUUGGAAUUGUGCACGAGAUAUCUCAAGUUGGACGAGAGGAAUUUCCUCUGCUGGAACUACCGUCGCUAUGUGGCUGGAAAGGCGGGAGCGACACCAGAGAGCGAGUUGGCAUUCUGCACACAGAAGAUCCAACACAAUUUCUCCAAUUACUCCUCCUGGCACUACCGCAGCAAGCUCCUGCCCGGACUCUUUCCACACGAGACUGAUCACGAGCGGCCCAUCAGCGAGGAGAAGCUGCGCAGUGAGUUGGAACUCGUCCUGACGGCAGCAUUUACAGACCCAAAGGACAGCAGUGCCUGGUUUUACCAACGAUGGCUUCUGGGACACUCGGAAUUGCCUCUGGAUUUGGCUGCUUAUCGCCAACAGGACGACUUCGCCACUGUGGCCUUCACGAAGGCAGUCAAUCUGCACAACUGCCAGUUGUCCGGAGGUAUCUCCGGCUGGAAAUCAGCGUCUGGGAGUGUUUAUGACACCACAUGGACGCGGCAGCAGACAGAGAAUCCCGGGAAUGAGCUGGUGUUCACGGAUGACGCCCAGAAGGAAUACAGAAUGGAGAUUAAGAGUGUUGGAAAGGUGUUUGUGGGUGUGAAGCUUCCGAAAUUCGGUCACAUUUUCGGGUCUGUUGUGUUGGAUCAUCUGAAGGAGCAAUUAGACUCUUGCAAUCAACUGCUGGAGUUCGAGCCGGACAGCAAAUGGACGCUCUUGACUGCUGCCCUGCUCAUGAGAGCCAUUGACAGGAAGGCUUACCAUGCCAGAGCACUGGAAUUCCUGAGGAAACUCCAACUUGUGGACACUCUGCGCAGUGGAUACUACGAUGAUUUGGCCAGCAAGUGGGCUGCUGAGCAGGUUAUCGAGAAGUGGAUUGAAGAGGGUGACUUUGACGCUCCCAUCGAUUUAUCCGCCAUCAGGAUCACCACAAUUCCCUAUGAACAGUUCAUGAGUGUGGCGACUGAAGUGAACUUGGAGGGAAAUCAGCUCACGGACAAGAAUUUGGCCAAACUCGUGGCUCUGCAGAACUGCAAGGUGAUCAAUUUGAAGGAUAAUCGAGUGAGUCAGGAAGCCGUCGAGGCGCUGCGUGGAAAGCUUCGCGACAUCACAAUCUUAGUGGAUUAGAAAUUCUGUAUUUUUUCUUUUCUUCAACGGGACCCAAGAAUUGAUGUUUUUUUUUUGUAGGAAUAAAAAUUGCUUUCUCGUAAAAUUUUUUGUGUGUAUUUUUUGUCCUUUUUUUUGCUCCUCUAUUUCAAUUAAUAAGAAGAUUUACAGUAAAGAGACAAGUAUUUAAAAUUACAAGAUUGUUUAUCCAACUAUAAAUAAAUCAAAGAUGAUGUUUUUUCGCAUUUUUCCAUUCAUUUUCACUUUUUUUUUUUUGCCUUUUUCUCGUGCAUACCGCGCAUUUUUCUUUGUCAAUGCUCUCUUUCUUCCAUUACGCAAUAUAAAUACCACUUUUAUACAUUUUACACAUCUAUACGCAGAAUUGAUUUCAUUAUCUUCAUGCUGAGAACAUUUUUUCUUUCUCCUCUGCAAGAACAUUCAGACACUUUCUUUGUUAAAAUUCACAUAAUUAUUCCUUUUAUGUCAUCUAUAUAUAAUUCAACAUUCAUCACUAUGGGCAGGGGGGGGGGAUUCAAAUGGGUGAUCUCUCUUCACAAUUGAACGCUAAAAACUAUUAUUUACUCUUCAUUGUAAAGAGGGGGCGGCGCGAGAGGGUGGAGAAGGGAAGUGAUAUUUUCUUGUCACUAAGAUUCUAAACAAUGACAGCUUUUUUUUUCUCACUCCUCUCGAUUAAACGACUCUCACUAAAAAAUUAUUUACACAAAAUACGGGAGGGGUGUACUUCCUUAACAGCAUUGCGGAUUGAGGGUGAAAAAACUCAGCUGCUGGACUUUUUUUUUAUUACUAUAAGAAAUUUUAAUUUAAUUAUUGUGUGCAUUCUAAGAAUCACCGCACGUCUAGUUAAUUUGUUAAAAAUCUAUAAUUUUUUAGUAUUUGUCGAGAAGAUUUCUUUAAAUAUAUACACAAAGAAAAAAAGAAAGAUUCCUUAUCAAUUGAAACUCAAUGAUAGUGUGUGUGCAUUUUACCCAAUUUUUGCAAAAACGGGAGUAAAAGUUCACUUGUGAGAGAAGAAAAUUCAUCAGUUUCACAAAUGUUAUUAUUCUUAUCAUAACAAUAUGAAUUUUUUGCAAAUUUUAUCAGGUUUUUAUGCUUUUUUUUUUACUCUCCACCUCGCAUUUUUCUUCAUUUUUUUCUCUCUCUUCUUCUUCAUAAUGCCUUACAACUCCACUUCAAUUAUGACACGACAAAUCUUAUGCAAUUAUGCUCUGAUUUUUCCAAAUGUGAUUAACAAAUUGUGUUAACAUUUUUUUUUCGAAUUAAAACGCCUCUCUCCUCCCACUAAUAUUACUGAUUUUUCUUGCUUUUUUUCUCUCUUUUUUCAUUGAACACAAAUCUCAUUCGCCAAUUUUUUUUUUUCUCUUCUUCUUCUU